GUCGGCUUGGGGGUGCCGCCGUUCCUGCUGCUUCACGCCGGGGUUGCAGCCUUCUGGAGCUGGUGACCACCGGCUGCGAGCGCGAGGUGGUGGCGUCGGUAGAGCCAGACGCUGAGGAGGGGAGGUCGGCCGCUGCGGCUGCGCGCGCCAAGGCUCGAGCAUGAGCUGGACUUGACCGCCAGGCGGAGGCAAGAGCCACCGCCCCCUCCUCCCUGCCCCGAGAGCGGCGGCGGCGCGACGGCGGGAGAGGGAUGGGGGGCCCCGGCCCAGUCUGAGCUCCGCCGCGGCACCUCGGGCUCGCGCAGCGCUUCCCGCGGGCCUCCGGCAGCCGCUGGUGACCGGUGCACCCGGGCCGGCGACGAAGGGGAGCCCGGUGCGUGUGGGUGGAGCGCGGAGUGGACCCCGCUCGGCGCGAGAGGCAGGUGGCCGCGGCGGAGGAAGACCUGCAGAUCCGCGGGGUUAGCCUGACGCGUGUCCCUACUCGGAGGACUAACCAUUGUGAAGCAUGUUGUAGAAGCAUUCAUGAAGUGACUGAAGGAGGAGAGAAGGAGCCACUGCCCAUCGGAAAAUAAAACACAACAUGGGAAAUACAACCACCAAAUUCCGAAAAGCACUCAUCAAUGGUGACGAAAACCUGGCUUGCCAAAUAUAUGAAAAUAAUCCUCAGCUAAAAGAAUCCCUUGAUCCAAAUACAUCCUAUGGAGAGCCCUACCAGCACAAUACUCCAUUACACUAUGCUGCUAGACAUGGAAUGAAUAGAAUAUUAGGGACUUUUCUUUUUGGUAGAGAUGGAAAUCCAAAUAAACGGAAUGUGCACAAUGAAACAUCUAUGCAUUUGUUGUGUAUGGGACCUCAAAUUAUGAUAUCUGAAGGAACCCUUCAUCCUCGCUUAGCUCGCCCUGUGGAAGAUGAUUUCAGAAGAGCAGAUUGUCUGCAAAUGAUCUUAAGAUGGAAAGGAGCAAAACUUGACCAGGGUGAAUAUGAGAGAGCAGCUAUUGAUGCUGUUGAUAACAAAAAAAACACACCCCUUCACUAUGCUGCUGCCUCAGGGAUGAAAGCCUGUGUAGAGCUUUUAGUAAAACAUGGGGGAGACUUGUUUGCUGAGAAUGAAAAUAAAGAUACUCCUUGUGAUUGUGCUGAAAAGCAGCACCACAAAGAUCUGGCCCUCAAUCUGGAAUCUCAGAUGGUGUUCUCUCGGGACCCAGAGGCUGAAGAAAUAGAAGCUGAGUAUGCUGCAUUAGACAAACGAGAGCCAUAUGAAGGAUUAAGGCCUCAGGAUCUUCGUAGAUUAAAAGAUAUGCUUAUUGUGGAAACCGCAGACAUGCUUCAGGCGCCUCUGUUUACUGCGGAAGCUUUACUUCGAGCUCAUGAUUGGGACAGGGAGAAAUUACUUGAAGCUUGGAUGUCUAACCCAGAGAACUGCUGCCAACGAUCAGGUGUUCAAAUGCCAACUCCACCGCCAAGUGGAUAUAAUGCCUGGGACACGCUUCCUUCUCCAAGAACCCCGAGGACAACACGCUCUUCUGUCACAUCUCCAGAUGAAAUCAGUUUAUCUCCUGGGGACUUAGAUACCAGUCUGUGUGACAUUUGUAUGUGCAGUAUUUCUGUAUUUGAAGAUCCAGUGGAUAUGCCCUGUGGACAUGACUUUUGUAGAGGAUGUUGGGAGUCGUUUUUAAAUCUGAAAAUUCAAGAAGGUGAAGCUCACAACAUUUUCUGCCCUGCAUAUGAAUGCUUCCAACUUGUGCCUGUAGAGAUCAUAGAAAGUGUAGUUUCUAAAGAGAUGGACAAACGAUACCUGCAGUUUGAUAUUAAGGCCUUUGUUGAAAAUAAUCCUGCCAUUAAAUGGUGUCCUACUGCAGGCUGUGAAAGAGCAGUCAGACUAACCAAACAGGGCUCAAAUACAUCUGGGUCUGACACACUCAGCUUCCCAUUGCUCAGAGCCCCUGCUGUGGACUGUGGAAAAGGACACCUCUUCUGCUGGGAGUGCCUUGGUGAAGCACAUGAGCCUUGUGACUGCCAAACAUGGAAAAAUUGGCUACAAAAAAUAACUGAAAUGAAGCCAGAAGAACUUGUGGGAGUCAGUGAAGCUUAUGAGGAUGCUGCCAAUUGUCUCUGGUUGUUAACUAAUUCCAAGCCUUGUGCUAAUUGUAAGUCUCCAAUACAGAAGAAUGAAGGUUGCAAUCAUAUGCAGUGUGCCAAGUGCAAGUAUGACUUUUGCUGGAUUUGCCUAGAAGAAUGGAAAAAGCAUAGUUCUUCAACUGGAGGUUAUUACAGAUGUACUCGUUAUGAAGUCAUUCAGCAUGUGGAGGAGCAAUCCAAGGAGAUGACCGUGGAGGCUGAGAAAAAACAUAAACGGUUUCAGGAACUUGACAGAUUUAUGCACUAUUACACAAGAUUUAAAAACCAUGAGCAUAGUUACCAGUUAGAACAACGCCUUCUUAAAACAGCCAAAGAAAAGAUGGAACAAUUAAGUAGAGCUCUCAAAGAAACUGAAGGAGGCUGUCCAGAUACCACUUUCAUUGAAGAUGCAGUUCAUGUGCUCUUAAAAACUCGGCGUAUUCUCAAGUGUUCUUAUCCGUAUGGAUUUUUCUUAGAACCUAAAAGCACAAAGAAAGAAAUUUUUGAACUAAUGCAAACAGACCUAGAAAUGGUCACCGAAGACCUUGCCCAAAAAGUCAAUAGGCCUUAUCUUCGUACACCCCGCCACAAGAUCAUCAAGGCAGCAUGCCUUGUGCAGCAGAAAAGGCAAGAAUUCCUGGCAUCCGUAGCACGUGGAGUUGCUCCUGCAGACUCACCAGAAGCUCCAAGGCGCAGCUUUGCUGGUGGAACAUGGGAUUGGGAAUAUUUAGGAUUUGCAUCACCUGAGGAAUAUGCUGAAUUUCAGUAUCGGAGGAGGCAUAGACAGCAGCGCCGUCGAGGAGAUCUGCACAGCCUGCUCAGUAAUCCUCCAGACCCUGAUGAGCCAAGUGAAAGCACUUUUGAUAUCCCAGAGGGUGGUAGUGGCCGCAGGCCUGGCGCAUCCGUGGUGAGUUCUGCAUCUAUGAGUGUGCUGCACAGCUCUUCUCUGCGUGACUAUACCCCUGCCAGUCGCUCAGAAAACCAGGACUCUCUUCAGGCUCUGAGUUCCUUGGAUGAAGAUGAUCCCAAUAUACUUCUUGCAAUACAAUUGUCACUUCAAGAGUCUGGACUGGCCAUCGAUGAAGAAACUAGAGAUUUCCUCAGUAAUGAAGCAUCCCUAGGAGCUAUAGGCACUUCUUUACCUUCCCGGCUGGACUCUGUCCCCAUGAAUACAGAUAGUCCUCAGGCCGCUCUGAGCAGCUCUGAGCUAUUGGAACUUGGUGACAGCCUCAUGAGACUGGGAGCAGAAAGUGACCCAUUUUCAACUGACACUUUGAGUUCACACCCUCUCAGUGAGGCAAGAAGUGAUUUCUGUCCUUCAUCUAGUGACCCUGAUUCAGCUGGCCAGGACCCCAAUGCCAGUGACAAUCUUCUUGGCAAUAUUAUGGCUUGGUUUCAUGACAUGAACCCUCAAAGCAUUGCCCUGAUACCCCCAGCAGCAGCCACAGAAGUCAGUGCAGGUCCUCAGCUUCCCUGUGUCAAAGAUGAUGGGUCAGAAGGGGUGAGGGACAUGGACCUAGUACCACCAGAAGACUCACUGCCUGAAGAUGCAGGUGUGCAUGAAGGUGGAAGGACCCAGAUAGAAGAAAAUCCUUUGGAAAAGAAUAUUCUGCCUGAGGAAGGAUUGUCUCAGGCUGGUGACCAUAGUAACGAGGCAGCCAAUAGAGGGGAUGAGUCAGAUGUUGUCAGUCAAACCUCAGGUGACUGGCUGGAGCAAGUACAUUUAGUAUGAACUGCGCACGUUUACUCUCCAGGUGAAUUGCAGGUACAAGUGGUAUGCUAGGUGGAAUAUGCUUUAUAGUGAAAUUUGAUCCACUUAAUUCCAACUCAAUUAUAAACCACUGGUGUCAGGAUUGACUGACUAUAAAGGCAUUCCCUUCAGCGAUAGCCUCAGUUGUGAUUUUCACCUUACAGGCUUUGUUUAUCCCCUUUUUGCUGACAAAAAGAACAGCAGGAGAAAAGGAGAAACACAGAUGAAAUAACUAGGUUGUAGUACACAUUCUGAGAGAAUGCAGUGCUCUGUUUAGCCCAGAGUUGGCAAUAGUUAAGUUGAAUUUAAAUCAGACGCUUACUCUGUAAUCUUUGGAUGGCUUUUCUCUUUAAAAAAAAUAAAUACAGAGCUUUCUUCAUUUUAGAAGUUCAGUUAGACAGAUCUGAUAACCUGUAUGUCCUCAGUCUCUCCAUAACCUCCUUUACUUCUGAGCAGUGUGAGUUGAGGUGUCCAUGCUUCUUUGAGUACUGCAUCUACCACAGUGAGAUUAGUUUUCAUUUUCACAUGAAUCAAAGAUUUCCUCUCAUGUCUAUUUACAGUCCAGUUGUGCCAAACUCUGACUUGUGCACUGACUAACAAGACGUUCAGGUGUGCCGCGUCCUAGCGGGCUCCAGGGCAGUGUCAGUGUUCUUGGGAGUAAAAGGUGCCACUCAGUAGCAAUGAUGUUCCCGAAUUUAAUGGGCUUUUUUUGCCAUGGAAACUGCAUUUAAAUAAAUGUAGUCUGUAGUUAACUAAACCUAAUGCUGCUGUUAAAAACAGUUUAUUUUAAUAUUAAAAUACAGUUGAUUAGCAACGGCGGUGCUGUAUUUUAAGAGACACUUUAUUGGAAGUGCAAUCAUAGUUCUUUGUUUUCACAGUUUUACAGUGUAUUCUAAUUACUAAUGGGUGCAAUUACUUUUAAUGGUGUUUUAUAAAAUAGAAAAAGUGGAGUUUUCAUUAGUUAUAUUAAAUCCCACAGUUAUUUUAAAAAAAAAAUCAAUAAAACAUCCUACGCAACAUGUUACCGUGCCUUUGCCUAACCUAAAUGGAUAGUUGCCAGUUAAGUCAGUAAUUCACAUUUCAUUGUCUCUUUUGAAGUAACUAUGCUAUGAAUUGCAAAGAUCUCCAUGAAACCACCCAUGGCCUUGCCUUUAUAGUAAAUAGUAACAAUUAAAUGUUCAGUUCGUUUGCCUAGAUAGCAAAUGCUGACAUGUGUUUGUUCUCUUACACAAUACUCAUUUGCUGUGUGAUUACUGUUUAGUAUUGAAGAAAUCAGCUUCCUAGUUAUCAGUGUCUUACUGUGAAGAAAUAAUUGGUUUUAGUUGUAAUUAAGAUACAGUGGUACAGUGUGUAAUUAAAACUAGAGUAAACUGUUGGAAUGGCUGUUUUACUUGCAUAUUAUUAAAACUAGCAUAACAUAAACAAGAUAGAUACACACAACACUCCAUUUAAUGUUUUGCCAGAUUGUUACCAGAAAUCUCCAGAAACCAAAAUUUCCAUGUUGACUUUGUACAGGGAAGUCCUAGACUGGGUAAAAGAUUGUAUUUAAUAUUGAUAUCCAUGAUUGUCAUGGGGUUUUUUUAUUACUUUUUUUCAGACCUUGUUUUUGAAAUAUUCUUCUACUUUGAAUUCAUAUGGCCAAGACAUUAUAUUAGAGUAUUUAAUAUUCCCCCAACUCCCCUAGGAUAAACUGUUUGGGAGUUACUCCAUGGAUAUCAAAGGUCCCUAUUGCAGUUACCACAACAUUGAUACCAGUACCUAUUAUAAGUCAGUGGGGAUAAAUACUAACUUUUUCCACAGUGUAUUACUGUAUAUUAAGCUGAAAUAGUCCAUUAAAGGAUUUUUUUACAGAUUUAUUUGGGAUUAAAAAUAUUAACAUCAUUAGGUUUUUGAGACGUAGUUGCAAGUUUUCCAGUAGAAAGCAUUUGCAUCGCUGGAGGCGUGGUGCACAGCUGCAGCGAGGAGAGGAGGGUACUCUGUGAGAAAAUGCAUUUGUGGUGGGUUCUGGUUUCCUUACACCCUGUGCAGUGUCCUUUGUUUCUGUGCUGGUCUCUCCUGAGCAUGAAGACCGAUCAUUAUCCAGUUUGUAUUUCCUUGGUACAUAUUUUAAAAACAACACAGUCAUUGACUUUACAGUUCAGUAAUAACGUUUGGCAAAGCCUAUUUUGUAAACAAGUUAAUUUUAUAAUGUAAAAAAAGCUAAUCUAACCUUGACUUGUUAUUUGCACUUUCAUAAUCUAUACUUGAUACAUUCCCACUUUAUAUACAGUAGGACUCUACAAACGUGUAGAUGUUUGGCCAAAUGAAUGCUGUUAAUAAUAUGUAAAAUUCUUUGAUUAAACAUUUAUUACUUAAACUA